GGCGCGGUUCAUGGCGCCUGAAUGAAUCUCUACUGCGCGAUCCCCAAAUUACCAGACAAAUAAAAACAGAACUAGAAGCAUAUUUCAACACAAACACUACCGCAGAUAUUUCCGUAGAUACAUUGUGGCGUGCACACAAAGCCGUGCUCAGGGGCUUGUUCAUCAAACAUGCUAGUUACGCCAAGAAGCAAAGACUACACACAUAUAAUACCCUGAUCCAACAAAUAACAAUCCUCACACACACAAACAAGACGAACCCAUCGCCAGAACAUUAUAACAAGUUGAGAACUUUACAAGCACAACUGAAUGAAUUUGAACUAGACAAAACCAACUACAUCCUCCAGAAGUAUAAGCAUAAAUUCUUUGCACAAGGGAAUAAAUCGGGCAAACUUCUUGCGUCCAAGUUAAGGGCCC